UUUCACUCUUCUUGACCCUCGUCCUCAUCCUUCAUCUUCAGACAACUUGAUUCCCUUCCUGCCUGCUGAGUCUGGCUCAUACCCACUUGAAAGAAGAUGCACGCUUCGCGAGGCCGGUUUGCCAGCUUGUCUCCGAUGCUGCUCCGAGCAGCGGCUGUUGUGGUUGUGGCAGCCCUUGCCGUGGCAGCAACGUGCACGCUGGCCACAACGACAACGGACGGCGGCACCACGGCGUCCAAUGUCGACAGCGCCGGGUGCCUGUGGGAGUGGCAGUACACGCCAUGCAGCGCGCCGUGCGAUGGAGGCACCUUCUCGCGACACAAGGUUGUGCUGAGCCGGCCAGACUCCAACGCCACAUGCGAGGUCAUUGCCAACCAGACAAGCAUCCCCUGCAACACAUUUCCCUGCUCGGCUACUGGCGACGACCAGCAGCAGUACAUGGAGGACCCGGAGCUGCGUGUGAGCGACGGCAACAUCAUCGUUGCCCUGCCCACCACGGCCAACGACUUGCGCAUCGUGCGAGGAAGCGCCAACGAGGCCCAGCAACAACAGCAACAACAGCAACAACAGCAGGAGAGCGUUGGCCUCUUCUCCGACAUUAUGGCGCAGCUGUCUGCGCUACAGUCCACCCAGGACACCAUUCUUUCUCGUCUCUCCUCUGUGCAAGUCGCCAUGUCACAAUCCUCCUCCGCCAUCGAAGCCUCCCUUUCCUCUGAAGUGGACGCCCUCAUCACCACGCAACUCCAGGCGUCUGCCAAUGCUUCCCAUGCGACGGCGUCGUUGGAGAUGCGCGUUGCUUCCAACACUGCAAGUAUCGACGCCGCAGCCACCUCCCAACAAAGCAUCAGCCAGCUGGCAAGCUCCCUGUCGCAAGGGGUGCAGAUGGCCAGCGUGAGCUUGGGCAGCCGCCUCGAUGACCAAGAAGCGCGCACAGCAGGCCUGCUCAACGGCUUUGAAACCAUUACCACGAGCAAGCUCCCUUCCCUGCAAUCGCAGAUUGUGAGCACCGCCGACAUGACGGACGACGUUGACGCACUGGCCACGCAGCUGUCCACGUCCAUCGGUGACGUGUCCAGUGUGGUGGCGGCGCAGCCACGGUUCUCCACCUAUGAAUUCGGGCGCCAAUGCAGCGGCUCGUACUACUUCACAGACGUGUACGGCACAACGCAUGUCAUCUCCGACAGCGUCACCACGGACACGGUUGUCUUUGACCAGGAGUCGCGCACCGGGUUUGCGUUUUUCCCGUCAGACCCGACCCAGCGCGACGGUGCCAUGUGGUAUUUGGCUGUGGAGGGCGGUGCGGGCAUCUCGUGCCAGAUUGUCAGCUACGAGGAUGAUGCGAUCCGCGGCUACCACUUCCUCACCGCCACCGACAACGGCAACAGCAGCCCCCUCCCGUCUCUCUGGGGCAUGAACGGCCCACAGAACAUUGGUGAAAACUUCUCAGUAAAUUUCGUCAACCCACCUGCGAAGAUGAGAAGGACGGGCUGUGGUGGUGGUGCUGUCCUUCCAAGCGCCCGCAGCCACCGCAAACCCAUGUUGUCGCGUGUGCCUGCGACGCUGCUUGCGGCAGUGUUGGUGGCGUUGUGCGGGGUGUCUGCGGGGCUGCUGGAGGAGGCGCCUGAGCCCCCUCCGCAGCACCGGAUCAGCGGCGAUGCGCUUGGGAACUUGCACAUCAACACCAGCAACCCCGAAACGGGGCGUGUCAUCAUCAAUGGCAUUGACGUCCUGCAGGAAAACGCGCAGCUCCGGGCCGAGCUGUCGCAGCUCCGUCAAGACGUCAUGCAAGCCCUCGCCACAACCACAGCAACCACAACAACCACCACAGCAACGGCAACAACAACACCAACAAAUCCGUUGGCACCCGUCACGACAACCACCCGAUCAACGACAAGCACGGCCACCACAGCUACAAGCCCCAUCAUCACGUCCUGUGACGCCAUCACCGCUGUGCGUCUUCAAGCAGGCGCUUCGGCAAUAGAUAUGUGGCGCGGUGGCGUGCUGUAUUCGCCGAAAGACACUAUUUACGCCGCCCCGUUUGACGCAACAAGCGUGCUCAUGAUCCGCCUUGCGAAGAGCCAAGAUGGCGUCGUUUUGUCUCCGUCCACGACCCUGGAUAUCACAACCAUCUCCGACUUGUCGGGCGCAGCGAACAAGUGGUCUGCAAGCGUCCUCCUCGACGACCGCAUCUACGGCAUCCCGUUUCGUGCCUCCGAUGUGCUUGUCAUCAACCCUGUCAACAACGUCGCCAACACAGUGUCGCUACCGGGUGAGCUUCAGGCAACCAGCAACGCGUGGAGUGGCGCGGGCGUGCUCAACAACAAGAUUUACUGCAUUCCACACAGCUCAAGCACCAACAUUCUCGUGCUCACCCCCACCCAAGGUGGUCCGCUGUCCUUCUCGCUGGCGUCCGUGGAUACUACCGCUUCCUCCAUGUGGUUUGGCGCCACACAGCUCUCCAGUGAGAGCAUCAUCGGCUGGCCGUACCAGGGGAACCAGUUCAUUGGCCUCCAAGCCACGGGCGGCACAGAUGCCACCAUCUCCACCCACGACGCAAGGGGCACGUCGGGCCUCUGUUCCGGUGCAGUUGCGUUCAAUCGGGCCAUCGGUCUUCCAUGCAUGCCAAACGUGGAGCCGCCACGGCAAAUCCUGCGCAUCGCAGAAAAGCUCGCCUCUGGGCAGCAGGGGUUCAACAGCGACGCCGAACAACUUCCAGACGACUACACUGGGCCGUGGCGCAGGGCUGCGAGUGUCAACGACGUGGUAGUGGGCAUGCCAUACUUCGGCAACACCCUGCUCGUCGUCAUGAAUGGUGGUCUCCACAACAGUGACUUCCACGUGGUGGAUGUGGCGGCGAGCGAUGGUCAGGGCCUGAGUUUCGGCGGCGCUGUCGCUGUUGGUGAUUACAUCUUUGCCAUUCCGGCGGGCUCCCCCUUUGUCCUCAUCGUCGACACCUCCCAACUCAUGGCCUGCCUCUAG